AUGAUUCCCUUACUAAUCGUUUUGCAGCUGCGCUGGUGUUUCAUCCCUAACGAUCACAGUUUCGGCGACGCGUUUAAGCUCCCCUACUUCGCCGCGAAGAAAUGGGCGAGCGAAGUGCGACUGUUGCGUCAGAAGUGGCCCGACAGCCUCUGCGGUCGGCGAGCCCGCCGUGGGGAACCCGCCGUGGGGAACCCGCUGUACGGCAGUCGGCAGCCAGUCGUCCUUGGACACCUGCUGUGGGCAGCUGCCUCCUUCGCGGCCGCCCGCUCAGGGGCUCUGCCAGUCACAAAUCUGCAGCUGGCUCGAGUGGCCCCAGGUCCGCCCGACACAGGUGACGAAGGCGACAAGUGGAAGCAGACCAUUAGGCUCCACAGUACGGGAAACGCUCGGUGCAGAAAUGUCAGACUCGAUGUGGGCACGCAACAGAACGGAACGGCGAGGGAAAAAAAGGACGAGCUCAGCUGCGGGGAAAUGCUCUGCAGACGGGUCGGGAACGCAGGACAGAAGGUGCAGCGCGGCGCAGGAAAACGCGACUGCCUUCGACGUCGGAAAGUGCGGGGCGUGCAGGCCGCGGCCGCUCGGUCACGUGCGCCUCGCCGAGGACUGGCCGGCCGGGGCGGCGCGCGCCCCUGCGCUGCCGCCACCGUGGCCGCCAGUUAA